CUGCAAAUAAACCUUUUGAAGCUUUUUAACUUGGCAAACAUAUCAACGCUCACUCUUUCGGGAUCUACAAUAUUUCUCUUUAUACUCUCACAAAAUAGAAAGAAACAUGUAAUUUUUAUCAGCUUUUAAGUAGCGAAUGUUAAAAAGAUGUUCGGAAGAAUGUACAAAAAGUAGCAAGAGCACAUCACUGCUACGAAGUGAGCAGUCGAGACGAUUGGGAUAGGAGCCGAGUCGUCCAACCAAGUGGUUUCCGGCGUGCACUCACCUAUUUGUCGAUAUAGCUGUGUGCGUGUGUGUUUGCGUGCAGAUGCUUGUCUGUACGAUGAGGCAGCGCCAGCGUAGCGCGCGUCGUUCAACGACAAUUUUGCGCCGAAAAAGACUUGGAGCUGAUGCGAUCACCAACAAACGCUCAGUGUUGCUCGUGUCGCCAAAGCGCCUUGUCACGCUACGUCGUUGUUGUUUCUUAAGUGUCGCUAACGAUUAUUUCUGCAUUACAUUCAUUACGUUUUUGUUAUUGAAGGCCUUAAUCAAUUGUGGAAAUAAGUGAAUGUAAGCAGUUUGUAAAAAGUCAAACAUUGAACAAAUAGAAUUUUAUGUAAUAAAAAAAUAUCGACUCAAGUAAGUGAUUUACUAAGAGCUCUGAAGCGUCUGCGCUGCUGCUAGCCAUACUAGGUGUUGAAUUACUAGGUGGAUUGAGAAGGAACGACUACAUAUUUUAAAAUGUUCACACAACCCACAUACGUCCUGGUCACGUGCCUCAUUUCAAUUAGUUCGGCGAUACGUGUCGAUUUCAAUACGAACAAGGGUCCGAUUGUGCCACCGACACCACGUACCACGAUACGUCCGUUGCCGCCGUUCCGUGAGCCAGCGCCCGUCUGGGAGGAUCAAAGCAAUGAUAUACCGAACCCGAAUCCAUACACCUACAUUUUACCGCCACCGUCGCGACCACGUACAACCGGCAAUAUUGUUGGCAACGCCGGUCAAAGGCCACUGCACUACUAUGGUAACCUCUUGCUGCCCUCUAAUGAGAAUGCCUUCACCCAACAGGGUAGUACGAAUGUGGGCGGCGGCAGCUUGGCAGCGAAAUAUAUACCCAAUAUUGGUAUACGGUACACAGCGGUGGUGGCGCCGGCUUACAAUAGCAACAGCAACAACAAUAACAACUACAACAACAAUCAAGCCAAUCGCAAUAACGGUGGCGGCAAUUACUUUGACGUGAACAAUAAAUUGCAUGGCAAAUACUAUAAUGCCAAAACGAAAAAGUACAAGGCAUACGAGAAGGUCAAAUACGUGCCACAAAACUAUUAUCCACGCUCUGAAUUGGCACUACCCAUCGAAAAACCUUACACAAACGCAUUCAAUCAAGAACAGUUGAUACGCACACAACAGCUGCCACAAAUAGUGGCACCAAACGCCUUUCGGCCAGUCGAAAAAGUAGCAACCGAAGUUGAAUCGCAACUACACAGUGCAGCAUCAACACCGCAAAAUACCGUUAGCGCAGCCGCAACAACACCUAUAGCUGCCAACACAGCUGCCACACAAGCCAAGUGGGCGCACGAGAAAGAUCAGCCGUUGUUGAAAGGCAAGUCCCUCCUCGAAUCCAACAAAGCUCAAGCACAGCUACCAAUUACAUCAACAACAACAACUGCAAACAGAACGGGAGGUCAGCAGGCGAACGCAAUCUCCAGCGCGAAGAGCAGGUGAACGUGCAAUAAAAUACCGUUACAGCAGCACAAAUACAAAUUAAUUUGAAGAACGAAUUUUACAAAUGCAUUUACACCAACAACAAAAAGCAAAAAUGUACCUCAAAUACCUAAAUCAUAAACUUUUUUGACAUUUAAAUUUAUUUUUAUGUAACCGAAUUGCAAUAUUUUUUGUUAUAUUUUGUAAAUUCUUUCAAUUGCCUGUCAUUGGGCGUUGCAUUUGAGGCGCUCCGAGAAGAUUAACUAAAUUUAACCUGUUACCACAUAGUCUAUGUUCCUUUAGGUUCCAUCAUUUUUUAAAUUUCUGCCUUGCCAUAAGAAAGAGACAACGAAAAUUCAUAAUUAUUGUAAUAUUUUUUAGCUCAAACUGUAUUGUUGGUAGCGCGCAAUACACCGUUACGUAAAGUGUUUACAUAAAUAGCAUCUUAUAUAUUAGAAACGAAAUCAACCACUGUGUAAAAAUUUUAAUCUUACUAGUAGCUAUGAAUGCUAAAAAUAAACGAAUGCUUUUUUUAUGUAAAGUAAUUGUAAAUAAAUAAUAAUGUAUAAAUAAGAAAACGAGCAAUAAAACUGAAUAAAUAUAUACUUUUACAAAA